AAGCAGUUCAGACGACACGAAAUUCAGAGAUCCAUUCAGCAACGAACAAGAUAUUCAACCGCCACCAGUCGACGAUGGCGACACUAGAAAGCGCAGGAACUCAACUCUCAAUCAAUCUAAGGCCGACAUACCAUCCGCAAGCACCACUAAUAGGCCUAGACGCAACUCACAACUACGCACGAGCCAGGGUGUACCAAUAGAGGGUGCAGAAGUGAACUCAGCGAUAGAGGAAGACACAGCCGUCGAACCAGACGUAUCUGAGGUAGGCAAACCACGUAUAGGCAGCGGUGGCCCCCAUAGAGGCUCCCUCGUUGGCUCAGAAGUGAGGGAUUCAAACGACUGGGCGACAGGCGCAUUUACUAGAAAGUAAUUCUCACUCGCCAAGAAAUCAUCUGAUAGCCUCCCAUGUACUCCUUGUAUGCAAUAUAUCACUAAUAUCUCACUCACGCCAUAAAUGAAACAUCGUCUGCUCAAUCUCCAUGUUCCAGGGCGUUUUACAAUGAUUUACGUAAUAUAUAUGACGAAGCGCAUCCCUACGGUGUGAUGAGACAUGUAGAACAUGAUUAGGUACACUGAUGCGGUCAUACUUCCGAUAAUAACUUUAUGGCAGACCUAAUGUACGGUAGAAUAUCAUCAUACUAGAAUUUAUUUGUAGGAUCAUCGCGCCACCUUAAGUCGCAACUUUACGCCGUGCCGCCCUGAAUCACAAAAAAACAAUUUGUGUCAAGUGACAUAGUCAGUUGUCCCACUCACUUAGCACUUUAAAAAGUCAAAAAUACCCUUGAUUAGCUCUUGAAUUAUUUUACUCAAAUGGACAAGAAACGCUUUUCAGACGAGAAGAUCAAACCCUCCGCUUCGCAUGAUUCUCUCCCUGAACAAAGGGAGCCUCCAAAAACACUUACACAAAAAUUAGAGAAUCCACUGAAAGGUAUUCCUCAUGACAAACUCUGGGAGGAUGCUCUAAGUUUUGCAAAGGAGUUUGAUCUCCAAGAAGACUCGGAGUUAAUUGCGAAGGGUGCACUCGUCGCACAAGAUCCAAAGAGAUUUGAAUUACUUCCACAGCUCACAGAAGAUGACAAGGAAGCUAUCCGUCGCGAAAAAACUCAUAAGUUGCAUCAAACCAGGGAACUCUGGCUACUUGUUGCAUGUUGCAGUGUUGGAGCAGUAGUUCAGGGUAUGGACGAGACUGUCAUCAAUGGUGCCCAACUUUUCUAUCCAGAAGAUCUCAACAUAAAUCCAGACGUUGAUGUCUGGCUCUUUGGUUUAGUCAAUUCAGCGCCAUACCUCGCAUGUGCAGUAGUCGGAUGUUGGUUGACAAGUCCACUUAACAGGUUUUUCGGUAGACGCGGUACUAUUAUGAUCACUGCAUUCCUAUCCUUCGCAACAUGUAUCUGGUCAGCCGUUACCAACUCCUGGCAGCACCUUUUCGUGUCUCGCCUUUUCCUUGGUUUGGGUAUUGGUCCUAAAAGUGCAACAGUACCUGUCUUUGCUGCAGAAACCACUCCUGCAAACAUCAGAGGUGCGCUUGUUAUGAUGUGGCAGUUCUGGACUGCGUUUGGUAUUAUGCUUGGUUUCGUCGCUGAUUUGAUCUUCUACCGCGUAGGCGAUACGAGCACCAUCACGGGUCUUAAUUGGCGUUUGAUGUUGGGUUCCGCAGGUAUUCCAGCACUUAUAGUCAUGGCUGUUCUCCCUUUCAUUCCAGAGUCACCUCGUUACCUCAUGGGCAAAGGCAAGGAUUACUAUCCAAAGGCCUAUCGUGCUCUCCAGCGUCUCCGUCCACACAAACUUCAAGCAGCUCGUGACAUCUACUACAUUCAUGUAUGCAUGAAGGAAGAGAUGAAACUCAUCCAAGGAAAGUCAGCCUGGUUUAGAUUCAUUGAAUUGUUCAGUAUCCCUCGCAACCGCAGAGCGACUAUUGCAUCAUCUCUCGUAAUGUUUGGUCAACAAUUCUGUGGUAUUAACGUUAUUGCCUACUAUUCUUCCAACAUUUUCGUCAGAGCCGGUUUCGGAGAACUCAAUUCGCUCAUUGCAUCAUGGGGUUUUGGAAUGAUGAAUUUUCUUUUCGCAAUUCCAGGAUUCUUUACGAUCGAUAGAUAUGGUCGCCGUACUCUCCUCCUAGUUGGAUACCCGACUAUGUGUCUUAUGCUCGUGGUUGUCUCACUCGGGUUCCUGGCACCUUUCGACAAACAAAUCAUACCGGUUGCAAUUGGACUAUACUUGUUUACGGUACAGUACUCAUACACUUCAGGACCUGUACCAUUUAGCUACAGUGCGGAGGUGUUCCCGCUUUCACAUCGUAACCUGGGAAUGAGUCUUGCAACGGCUGUUCUCUGGUUCUUCAAUUUCAUUCUGUCCAUCACAUUUCCAGCUCUCGAGAAAGCAUUUACUACCUCAGGUGCUUUCGGAUGGUACGCUGGGUGGUGUGCCGCAUUAUUCGUCCUUGCCUUCUUGUUUGUCCCAGAAACGAAGAUGUUGACUCUCGAAGAGCUCGACCAAGUUUUUAGUACCCCUACGCACGUUCACAUUGCCUACCAGAUAAGGCAAGUUCCUUACUUCUUCAAGCGCUAUAUUCUACGUCGCAACAUCGCGAAAGAGCAGCUUUACGUAGUGGAUGAUGACCACGAUAAGAGCGAGGACAGACCAGCUGUCUAAGCAGUCCUCUACAAAACCCUUAUUCACUUAUCUAAUUUAACACCUCUUCGAUAAUUUUUUACCAAAAUUUUUCUACUCUAGGACUACUUACUAGAAAUAUGCUUAUUACGCGACUAAACCUUGUAAUAUGUAUUGUAACUAUUUGCUUGUCACGAAUAUCGAAUUU